UUUCCUUUUUUCUGCUACUAAAUACCAACAAUUUCUCCAGAAUCUUUCUUCAUCCUUCUCUCUCUCUCUCUCUUAAAUCAUUUGGCACUUUUUCCAAGUUCGAAACAAAAACAAAAGCUUCACUCCAAAAAGUAAAGUAGCGAAAAUCAAAAUCGUCGUCUCUCUCCCUCGGAUACUGUAAGAACUUCACACGGUGAAAAUUAUUUUGAUAUGGAAGCAGAGGCAGCAACCACAGAUGUACCAGUGGUACAGGUUUCAGAAAAGAUAGAAUGCAAAGAUGAUCCUAUUAAGGUGCCCAAUGGCGAGGCAGAAGGACAGAAGGAACAUGAAGAGUCUGCUUUUGAUGGAGAGUUCAUAAAAGUAGAGAAGGAAGCUUUGGAUUCGAAGGAUGGUUCACAUGCUGCAGCUGAAACUUCCCCUUCAGAGGGCAAAGUGUCUGAAGAGGAGCACAGCUCGAGUAUUUCAUCGGCUAGCAGAGAAUAUCUGGAAGCACAAGAAAAGGCUAAAGAACUUGAGCUUGAACUGGAAAGAGUUGCUGGAGCAUUAAAAGACACUGAAUCUCAAAAUAUGAAGUUAAAGGAUGAAUUGUCGCUCACAAAAGAGAAGCUGCAGGAAACCGAUAAGAAAUUUGAAGGGCUUGAACUUGAUCACAAGAAAUUGCAAGAACAGAUUGUAGAAGCAGAAAGUAGAUAUAACACUGAGCUUAAAGCGUUGCAAGAGGCAUUGCAAGCUCAAGAAUUGAAUAGCAAGGAGCAUGUUAAUGUUAAGGAGGCAUUUGACAGGCUUAGCCUCGAGUUUGAAAGCUCAAAGAAAAAGAUGGAAGAGCUCGAGCAAGAGCUGCUGACUUCUGCAGGUGAGGCUAAAAAGUUUGAGGAGUUGCACAAACAAAGUGGCUCACUUGCAGAAUCAGAGACGACGAGGGCCUUGGAAUUUGAGAGAUUGCUGGAGUUGUCGAAGCAGAGUGCAAAAGAAGUUGAAGACCAGAUGGCUUCUUUACAAGAAGAACUCAAGGGCCUAAAUGAGAAGAUUGCUGAAAAUCAGAAGGUUGAAGAAGCACUCACGUGUACAGCUUCGGAGCUUUCUAGAGUUCAAGGAGAGCUAGAGAUCUCAAAAUCACAAGCACAAGAUAUUGAGAAUAAACUUGCAUCAAAAGAAGCUCUUAUAGAUGAAUUAAGCCAAGAGUUGGACAUUAGAAAAGCUUCUGAAUCUCAGGUAAAAGAGGAUUUUUCGGCUCUUGAGCUUCUAUUAUCAUCCACUAAAGAAGAUCUUCAAGCUAAAGUAUCUGAGUUGGAAGACAUAAAGUUGAAGCUUCAGGAGGAAGUAGAUUUAAAGGAACAAUACGAUGCUAAACUGAAAAGCCAGGAGAGACAGCUCUCAGUGUCACAGGAGGAGAUGGCCAAACUAUCUACAGACAAAGGAGCUCUUGAAGCUGCUGUAGCCGAGCUAAACAACACUGUGGUCCAGAUGAAGGAAUUAUGUGGUGAUCUAGAGGUGAAAUUGCAGCUUUCAGAUGAGAAUUUCAGCAAAGCAGAUUCUCUUCUUUCUCAAGCUUUAGCAAACAGUGCGGAGCUAGAACAGAAGCUGAAAUCGUUGGAAGAGCUUCACCAUGAAUCUGGAAAUGCCUUAACUACUGCCAACCAGAAAAAUGUUGAGCUUGAGGACAUGCUACAAGUCUCCAACACUGCGGUAGAAGAAGCAAAAUCGCAACUUGGAGAAAUGGAGAAACGUUGUAUUGCAGCUGAAGAAAAGAAUGUGGAGCUAGAACAACAAAUAAAUCUGGUGGAACUGAAAAGCAAUGAUACUAAGAGGGAACUAGAGCAGUUCUCUGGGAAAGUUUCUGAACUAAAUGCCAUUCUUGAGAAGACCCUGGAAGAAAGGAAACAGUUGGAUACUAAAUUGCAGGAGUUCGAGGAGAAGAUAGCUCAUUUGGAUUCUGAGUUGGUCAAAUCAACUGCUCGUAAUUUAGAACUUGAAGCGGAGCUUAAGACUGUCGCUGAGAAGUGCACUGAGCAUGAGGGUCGGGCCAACAUCACUGAUCAACGCAGCCGUGAAUUAGAGGACUUGAUGCUGGUAUCCCACUCGAAAGUAGAUGAAGCGGGCAAAAGGGUGAGUGACUUGGAGUUAUUGCUCGAAACAGAGAAAUAUAGGAUUCAGGAGCUUGAAGAACAAAUAAGCACAUUAGAGAAGAAAUGUGAGGCGACAGAAGCAGAAUCUAAGAAGCACACUGACAGGGCAUCUGAACUUGAAGCAGAAGUAGAAGCAUUCCAAAUGAAAUCAUCAAGCCUUGAGGUUGCACUGGAGGAGACCAAGGAGAAAGAAAAGGAAUUGAGUCAAUGCCUGAACAAUGUGACAGAGGAGAAGAAAAACUUAGAGGAUGUCUACACCAAUUCAGUUGAAAAACUAGCUGAAACAGAAAACCUGCUUGAGGUCCUGCGUAAUGAAUUGAAUGCCACUCAACAGAGACUGGAAGGUAUUGAGAACGAUCUUAACGCUGCUGGAUUGAAAGAGAGUGAGGUGAUGGAAAAGCUCAAGUCAGCAGAAGAGCAGCUUGAGCAACAAGGAAGAGUUUUGGAGCAAGCAACAGCUAGAAGCAUAGAGCUUGAGUCAUUGCAUGAUACACUAAAAAGGGAUUCCGAGCUCAAAAUCCAAGAGGCCACUGGAAAAUUUGUUACAAGAGAUUCAGAGGCACAAACACUGAAUGAGAAACUGAAGGCUCUUGAAGAUCAGCUAAAGAGUUAUGAGGAGCAGAUUGCUAAAUCUACUGAAAGUUUUUCAGCUGUUAAGGAAGAGCUGGAUCAGGUUCUGGUGAAGCUGGCUUCAUCUGAAACUGACAAUGAAGACCUCAAAAAGAAAAUCUUGGAGGCAGAGGGUAAAGCUGCAGACAUUUUAUCUGAAAAUCAACAGUUAGCGGAGACAAAUAUGCUGCUUAAGAACAGGGUGAGUGAUCUUGAAGAACAGUUAAGCUCAGCCCAUGCAGAAAGGGAGGCCAGUGUUCAACAACUAGUUUCUCAUAUGAACACUCUCACAGAAAUGACAGAGCAGCAUUCUAGAGCCUCUGAACUUCAAUCGGCAACUGAAGCCCGCAUAUCAGAAACAGAAGCAAAGCUGCAUGAAGCCAUUCAAAAUUUCACCCAGAAAGAGUUGGAAGGUAAAGAGCUAAUAAAUAAGCUACAGUCUCUUGAAGCUCUGGUGAAAACAUAUGAAGAGCAGGCUCAUGAAACAGCCACUUUGGCUGAAACUCAAAAGGUGGAACUAGAGCAGAGCCGUAAAAGUUUGAGUGAUCUUGAAAGCGUCGUUGAAGAGCUGAAAGGGAAGUGUACCGAACUUGAAAAGGAGAGAGAAGGACUAACUCAAGAGAACUCAGAGCUAAAGGGGAAAAUGGCCUCAAAUGAGUCUAAACUCAAUGAUUUAGAAGCCAAAGUGUCAGCUGCAUUUGCCGAGAAGAACGAAGCAGUUGAAGAGCUUACAUCCUCUAAGCAGGUUAUAGACAACUUAAAAGAGCAGCUUACUUCUGAAGGCCAAAAGCUACAACUUCAGUUAUCAUCCAUUUUGGAGGAAAACAACUUGCUCAAUGAAACACAUCAAACCUCGAAGAAGGAGCUGCAAAAUGUCAUAGCACAUCUUGAAGAACAGUUGAAAGAACUCAAGUCAAGUGAAGAUUCUCUGAAAAGUCAAUUAGAAGUUUUCCAGGCUGAGAUUCAUCAGAAGUCUGAAUUGCAAUGCCGUAUCAAGGAGCUUGAAGAGCAAUUAGCUAGUGCUGAGGCUCAAGUGGAAAAAGAGAAAGAGGCUAUGUCCCAUAAAGGGUUAGAGCAUGAGGCAACUCUGAAGAGUUCAUCAGAGGAGCUGCAAGCCAAAAGCAAAGAACUCCUACUUCUACAAAAUCAAGUUAAGGAACUUGAGGAGAAACUGCAGCAGGCUGAUGCUACAUUGAAGCAGAAGGAUAAUGUAGAGGUGAAAUCUAGGGAUAUUGGAGAAAUGCUCUCUAUUCCAACAAAGCGAAAGAGCAAGAAGAAGACGGAAGUCUCUUCAACUCAACCAUCCUCCAGUGAACAACAAGUUCAGCAUAUUGAAGGAUCUUCUGCCAUGACUCUGAAAUUUAUUUUGGGUGUUGCUCUAGUUUCAGUGAUCGUGGGAAUAAUUCUUGGUAAAAGAUAUUAGUAUCAAGGUACUCGAGUUUUGGUCUUGUUUUGAGAAUGGGUUAUUCUUUUUUUUUCUUUUGGGGUACGUUUAUUUUUCCCCCUUUGUGAUUUUUGAAAAGGAGUUGGAUAAUUGUUGUUGGUAUCUUACUCGAUAGUUGGGCCUGGAAGUUUGUUGGGGUACUGAUUUUCAUAAUUCCUUCAACUUAAUUGAUUAAUGUAGUAAUCAAGGUUGUAUUUAGUUUUGGUCAUGAAUUUGUUUAUUUAAGAAAGUAUCCAUUGUUGAAGAUACUCGUUUUCUUGCUGAA